UACUCUAUGAGUAAAAUGGAAAUUCAAUACAUUUUUAUUUUGUAAUUACUACAAAAUAUUAAUUUGAAUCGUAGUAAUUAAACAAGCUAUUCAGUUAAAUGUUAAUCGAAAUGGAAGAAGAGCAAUGUUUGCAUGAAUGUGAAAGUUACAUCCAGAACCACAACGUCCAAUUAUUGUUGAAAGAUUGCAUAGUUCAGCUGUGUGUAAAUAAACCUGAAAACCCAGUUUCUUUUUUGAGACAAUAUUUUCAGAAGUUAGAGCGGGAACAAGCCAAAGCUGCUGCAGCAGCAGCUACGGCAUCAGAGGGUGAAGCAGACGGAGAACUUUCGCCGCUGCCCGUGCCCGGGGUGCAACCUCCUCGCAGACGGGGAGGGAUAAGUGCUGAACCUGUUACUGAAGAAGAUGCAACUAGUUAUGUUAAAAAGGUGGUGCCAAAAGAUUAUAAAACGAUGGGUGCUUUAUCCCGAGCGAUAGCUUCCAAUGUUCUGUUCACCCACCUUGAUGAAUCAGAACGUGCUGAUAUGUUUGACGCAAUGUUCCCUGUACAGUGUCUGCCAGGUGAAACAGUUAUCAGGCAAGGUGAUGAAGGAGAUAACUUUUACAUUAUUGAUUCUGGUGAGGUUGAAGUAUUAGUUAAUGGUGAACCAGUUACUACGAUUGGUGAAGGUGGAAGUUUUGGAGAGUUAGCCCUAAUUUAUGGUACACCGCGUGCGGCGACUGUGCGUGCGCGUACUCCACUAAAGCUAUGGGGUCUGGACCGUGAUUCUUACCGCCGCAUACUAAUGGGGUCCACGAUCAGGAAACGAAGGAUGUACGACGAAUUCCUCUCUCGCGUGUCAAUUCUAGAAAGUUUAGAAAAAUGGGAGAGACUGACUGUUGCGGAUGCUUUAGAACCUGUUUCUUUCACCGAUGGUGAAAUAAUAGUCCGCCAAGGCGAACCAGGAAAUGAUUUUUAUAUUAUUGUGGAAGGGUGCGCAGUAGUGCUGCAGCAGCGCAGCGGGCAGGGCGAGGCGGUGGAGGUGGGCCGGCUGGGCCCGUCGGACUACUUCGGCGAGAUCGCGCUGCUGCUGGACCGGCCGCGCGCCGCCACCGUGCGCGCUGCGGGACCGCUCAAGUGCGUCAAACUCGACCGAGCUAGAUUUGAACGCGUACUGGGCUUAUGUGCUGAUAUCUUGAAACGGAAUAUUGCACAAUAUAAUAGCUUUGUGUCUUUGUCUGUCUAAGUGUGUUCAUAAUUAAUCUUUAGACUGAGACACUUAGCCUGUUUAAGGGUCGAGUAAAAUAGUAAGGUAAUUCAACUGUUAUGUCAUGAUAAGGUACAAUAUUUGUUUCAUAUGUUAUCGAAAAGAACAUAAUAUUUAUAUUUAUUUAAUUAACUUAAUUAGUGUUAUUCCUUUACUUUAUGUUAGUCAUACAAAAUUUCAUUUCUGUAUAUUAUCAUAUAAUGAAAAAGUUAUUGUUUACAAGUAUUAAAUCAUCUAUCAUUUUUAAACUAA